ACCUACGAGGUACCAAUUAAUCGUAGGCCAUCAUUGUUAAGAACAAUAGAGUAUCGAUAUGUGGUUAAUUCUCUCAAGUUGGAUAGUAGUAAUAUGAGACCAUUGCGACAAUUUAGACGAAGUAGAACAAUGCCAAUAA